AUGAACGUGUAAGGUUACAUGACUUUUGGAGGGAAGAAAUUAAUUUUAAAACCAAUGAAGAGCUUUUGGAUAUUCAGAAAAGAUACGUAAAAAAGAAGAAAGAUCUUGAAGAUAUAUAUAACGAAGGUCGACGUCUAGUUCUGCUUAUGAGUGAUGUCAUUGGAAUGACAACAUCAGGCGCAGCUAAACAUCAUGACCUUAUAACGAGUGAUAAACCAAAAAUUAUUAUUUGUGAAGAAGCGGGAGAAGUACUCGAAGCACAUAUUCUUGCUAGCUUGACAAAAAGCGCGCAGCAAUUAAUUCUUAUUGGGGAUCAUAAUCAAUUACGCCCAAAAAUCAGAAAUGAUUAUAAAUUUGAUAUUAGUUUAUUUGAACGUCUUGUACAUGGCGAACAGUCAAUGCAUUUAGAAAGAACCCAACUUUUGACUCAAAGACUUAGACAAACACUUUAUCCAAAAUUAGAGGACCAUCCAAAUACGGAGAAAUAUCCUAAAGUUAAAGGGAUGCAACAUAAUGUAUACUUUAUGCAUCAUGCUAAUCCUGAGGAUUCUACGAGAAAUGCAUUCGCCCUUCAAUCGCGUUCUAAUAAAUUUGAAGUGGAAAUGGUAGUGGAAAUGGUCAAAUAUUUUGUUAGAAAUGGAUAUACAAAGCCUGAACAAAUUGCUGUUCUUACACCAUAUUUAGGACAAAUGCUAAAAAUCAAAAAAGCGUUAAGUAAAUCAUUUGCUGUCGUGAUAGACGAGCGUGAUUCUGAACAGCUUACUGAUUUGGAGGAAAAACUAAACGAUGGUGAUACAGAUGAAGUCGAUCUUUCGCUUAAUACUAUAAGUAUAGCAUCAAAGAAACAGUUAAAUCAACAGGUGAUCUUACGUACGGUUGAUAAUUUUCAAGGCGAGGAAGCAGAUAUUGUUAUUAUUUCACUUGUUCGAAAUAUAACGGAACAUAGCCGUAAUACAAUUGAAUCUGGAAUGUGGAGAGAUGUAAUAAACAUCCUUCGUUCACGUAAUCAAGUUGGUCCAGGAUUUCCCAUUGUGUGCGAUCAACACCCAGAAACUAAAAACAUCAUAACCUAUCCGAGAAAUUUUGAAGAAGUAUCUCCGAAUGGUGGAUGUUUACUUUCAUGCGGUAAAGCUCUAAAUUGUGGACAUAGUUGUAAACGGAUGUGUGGGGAAGAUUGUGGAGAAUGUAUAUUCCCAAUUGGCGAUCUUCUAUUGCCCUGUGGACAUAUUUUAAAAGAUGCGAAAUGUUUCCAAAAAUCUACUCGAGACAAAAUUAAUUGUCGUAUUAUGCAUAUUGUGAGCAUUCAGUUACUGUUGAGCUGUCAAGAAAUUUCUAUCUGGGCCAAUGAUGGUAUUCGGGAACUUGACGAUAAUGAUCGUAUCCCUAGGACGCAUCAUAAAAAAUGCAAACAAAUUUGUGAAAAGAACCUCUUUUGUGGUCACUCGUGCGAAGAAUCAUGUCAUUUGAAUAAAGUUUGUCCGGGCUGUAAAAAAAAGUGUAAUGUUAAUUGUAAGCAUUCAGUAUGCAAUAAGGCAUGUAGUCAUCCUUGCUCUGUGUGUGCAGAAAAGUGUGAUUGGUAUUGUGAGCAUAAAGGCGCUUGUGGGGUAUCUUGUGGUGUUCCUUGUAACAGAUUACCUUGCAAUGAACGAUGUUCAAAGUUAUUAAGCUGUGGUCACCAAUGUAUGGGAAUAUGUGGUGAAGAAUGCCCCCCUCCAAAAUAUUGUACAAUUUGCGCAUCUGAUGAUAUCAAAAAUUCUAAAGUUGAUUGGACUACUGAGAGAAUGAUUGUACUUAAGUGUGGACAUGUCUUUACCGCCGAAACCUUAGAUAAUAUGAUGGGGAUGGGGAGCGUUUAUCAUAUGGACGACGCCAUGGAAAAUUGGAUUGACAUAAAAUCAAUCACAGAUCAACCAGGGGAACUUAAAAGAUGUCCGAUUUGUCGAGCUCCUAUUAAAAAUAUUCAGCGUUAUGGGCGAAUAAUUAAAAAAUGUGUUCUCGACGUUCAAAAUAAAAAGUUUUUGCAAGAAUAUAAUCGACGUUUGAAAGAUAUUCAAGUAGAAUUAGGAAAUAUUAUUAAAAAUUUGGAAAAGGAUCGAGAAAGAGUUUUAGAAAAAUUGAGAAAAUCAAAAUUACUUGAUGCAAAACGAGGAAAAAAUAACAAAAUUUAUAAAAGGGAUAAAAGAAUUAAUCGUGCAGUUCCCGAUAUUGUUCCACCAAAAAAAUAUGAGAUGCUCACAAAGUAUUAUUCAAUACCAACUUAUCAUGAAGAAUUGUGGCAGAAACAUGUAUCGCUUCUUCUUUUGAAAUAUCGUCAAGUUGCUCUUAUAAUAUCCAAUUCCACUAAUCCGCCCUAUAAACUUGCUUAUGAAGCUGCUGUAACGAGUUUAUUUGCAGCAAAAUCUAAAGAGAAAGUUAAUAUAGAUAAUCUUCUCAAUGAUUUGUCAUCAUUACAAAUUUCUGAUGACUCUCCUGCUGUACAACAAUCUAAAUUUCAAGAGACUUUAAAGGAGGUUGGAAUUUCGAUAUCUAAAGUUGACAG